AUGGCGCCCAACCUAUUUCUCUGUCUACGGACUGUUUUUUGCCCCACGUACUGGUUCCAGCGUGGAGAGCGCAUUCAAGGUUCCAUCCAUAGGGAGGAACAUUGGGACUCCCCAGUCCCCGGCAUCUACAAGUACAUCCCGAGCCAGGGAUGGCAUCUCGUCUGCAGGGACGGCAGCGAGUACGAUGAGAAAGUCCCCGUUCCGGUAGUCUACUGCCGCAUCCUUCACCGAUACAUCUUCGAGGACGAGAUGGAGGACCGAUGCCAAUGGCAUACUGUCAGCCUUGACGGAGGCAAACCCGAGAAGCUUUUAUUCUUCCUCCUUGACGACGAAUACACCUAUGUCCCAGGAUGGGAUUCGAAGGGAAGAUUCAUCCCCGGCCCGUACCAGCGCUGGUACCUUGACCUGGAGACCAAGACAAUGCAGAGGGUUUUGUUCCCUCCGAGCUCGAACGUUUCUCGCAUCAGCGUUGUCGCGGACAAAGUGAACUGA